AUGUCUAAUCAACAAUUCCAUACUCAUUUAAAUGAUGAAAAUACUCCAUUAUUACAUCAAGUGCCCCAGGAGCCAUUAAAUGAAGAUGAAGUUCAGGAAUUUUUACAAUCAUAUAAUGAGUCAGAAUCAUCACAACCAAUAAGAUCAAAAAGAAAAUGUAGUAGAGGGGUCAUAGCUGGUUCUAUAUUCAUCAUUGUUAUUCUACUUUUAGUCUUUUCAUAUUUUUUAUUUGAUCAUUUACAACAAUGUAUUUCAGGUUCAGUUGAAUUAGAAUUAACUCAAGUUUCAUUCCAAAAUACUACUCCCCAAGGUGUAAACUUAAUAAUGGAAUCAGAUGUGAAUAUAAAUUAUAAACUAAAGAAUGCGGUGCAAAAGUUUGUCAUCACUAGUUUUACUUCAUUAAUUGGAACCAUCACCAUACAAAGUUUAAAACCAAUUGAAAUAUACAGCAAAUUUAUUGAUUUAAAUACUGAUUUCAUAUACUUGGGUAAUUUAUUACCUCCUCCAAUGAACAUCACAGUUGUAAAUGGAACAGAUAAUCAAUUAAAUUUUAUCAGUGAAUGCAAUUUUAAAGAGUCUCAAAUUAUGCAAUUUUUAAAAUAUUAUUAUAAAAUAGAAACACCAGAGAUAAAUUUAAAACUCAAAGGAAUUGGGAAAGAAAUCAAUGUUAAAUAUGGAUUUAUAAACUUCCUGUUUAAAGAUAUUGUAUUUGCUCAAGAUGUGGUUAUCAACAAAAAAUAUAUUCAACCCAAUAUGAAUAUUGAAACGUUCAAAGUUAAUUCAACUUCAGAGAUGAUUAAUGUUGAUACUCAUCUAAGUAUAGAAACUGAUUUAGUUGAAUUACCAGAACUCAAUUUAGAAAAACUAUCGUGGAAUUUGAUGUUUGAAGAUUGUACCAAAAAACUAAUUAAAGUUGGAAAAUGGUUUACAUUGCCUUUAAAUAUAACGAAAGGUGAUAAAUCAGUUAGUGUAUUCGUUAAAGGAUCAAUUGAAUCUGUACCUGAUUGUUUAAUGGAAGAUUGUGGUAGUGAUAUAAGUCCAAUAAAUCAUAUAAUACAGCAAUAUUUACAUAAUCAACCUGUUUGUUUCUAUCUACAAUUAAAUGAAACUAAAUCAAAUUUACCUAGUUGGUUAAUAAGAUUGUUACAAGAAGAGGCAAUUAGAUUGUAUGUUAAGUUACCAAAAAUCGACCUACCAAUCGUUCCACGUAAUCAUUUUUGCAUAAACUCAUCAAAUUUAUAUAUUGAUGAAAAGAAUAUUAAUCUUGAUUCAAAUUUCACAAUUUUUAAUAAUAACUCAUUGGUUGAGUUUGAUAAUUUGAAAUUUAGAAGCAGUUUUGAUGUUAUAAAUGGUAGUGAUGUUAUAUUAAAAGGUGAAACGGAUCAAAUUUUGAUUGAAUAUAAUAAAAAUUUAAUUGAAUCAUUUUUGAAUAAUCUACAAUUGGAUUUAAUAGAUCCAAAAACAGUUGGUCAAUUACUAAACAAAAUUUUAAAUAAUAAAACAACACAUGAAAUUUACUCAAACGUUACCAUGCAUGACAUAGAAAUGAAAACACCAUUAUUUAUGAAAAUAAAAUUAAAAGAACUAAAACUACCUAGUUUAUCAGUACCUUGUAAUAUACCAAUCAUAGAUUAUCAACUACUAGAUCAAUUAAAUGUCACCAUAGAUAGUAUAUUCCUUAUUGAGUCAACAAACACUCAAGUCAAAUUUUUAAUUGAUUUAUCAUUAAUUAAUCCAACGAGUUUCUCAAUUGACAUGUUGCAUGAAAUUACUAAAUUUGGAAUCUACAGAAAGGGGCUUAAUUUAGGAAAUAUAAUAUUCAACAAUGUAUACAUACCAAAUCAAGAUGAAUUUUAUUUAUCGUGUGAAUUUCACAUUAAUUUAGAAACAUAUGAGGAAAGAGUAGGAUUAGAAAAUUUCAUAAGUUCAUAUAUAUCAAAUGGUGCAAAGAAUUUAUCCAUUGACGUUUACAAUAAUGAAUUACUCACCAAUCCAAACUUAAAUAAAUUGAUUGAAGAAGUAUCUAUUAAAGAUUUACAACUACCAAACUUAAAAUUCCAAAUUAAUGAUUUAGAUGAAUAUAAUCCUUUCAUUGUUGAAGUAAUCAUACAUGUAUUUACAUCGGAAAUUGAAAUUAAAGUAUUCAAUCCAAUUAAUAAUUCAGAAAUUAUAAUUGAAAUAUUUUCAGCACAAGCUAAACAUGAAGAUAUAAUUUUGGGUUAUUUAUCACAUCGUGAAAUCUUAAUCAUACCACCAGGAAUAUCACAAACUCAAAGAUUACCAUUAAAAAUAAAUUCAAAUGAUUCAAUGGAUAUAUUGAAAAGAUAUUUAAAUAAUGAAUUAGAUAUCACAAUAAUGGCAAUAAUGAAUUUGCAACUAGAUAAAUUUGAUGUUAGUUUAUUAUAUAAUGGUAAACAAUUAAAGUGUAAAAUAAGAUUUUAA